AUGAUAAUNCAACAACACCACCAACAACACCACCAACAACACCACCAACAACACCACCAACAACACCACCAACAACACCACCAACAACACCACCAACAACACCACCAACAACACCACCAACAACACCACCAACAACACCACCAACAACACCACCAACAACACCACCAACAACACCACCAACAACACCACCAACAACACCACCAACAACACCACCAACAACACCACCAACAACACCACCAACAACACCACCAACAACACCACCAACAACACCACCAACAACACCACCAACAACACCACCAACAACACCACCAACAACACCACCAACAACACCACCAACAACACCACCAACAACACCACCAACAACACCACCAACAACACCACCAACAACACCACCAACAACACCACCAACAACACCACCAACAACACCACCAACAACACCACCAACAACACCACCAACAACACCACCAACAACACCACCAACAACACCACCAACAACACCACCAACAACACCACCAACAACACCACCAACAACACCACCAACAACACCACCAACAACCACCAACAACAACAGGCGAUUUAGUUAGCAUAUUAGUUUUAGGAGUUUUACAAUAG